AUUAUUAUUUUUAUUGAGCUGCUUACAAAAAUAAGAGCCAACGUGCGAUUGCAGCUGUGCGCACCACCAUAACUGAAUAACUGAAUUAAGUAACGAAUCUUUUUUUUUUUUUUUCCUUUCCUUUAUUUGUCUCUCUGAAAUCCAACUCCAUUUUUUCUCCUUCCUCAUGAAGCUCCUCUGAAUCUCCAAACAGACCUCUUAUUUCUUCCUCCUUUCUUGAUUCCUUCUUUAUUCAAAGAUUCCGAUUCAAAGAAGCAAAAGAAUGUCCAAGUUUGAAUUACAAAUCCACAGGAAUUUCAUACUCAGAACAAUUCUUUUGUUGUUCUUGACGAUUAUCCCAAACGGGGAAAGUGUUGGAGUGAACUGGGGAACUAUGGCGACUCACCAGCUCCCACCAGAGAAAGUUGUUAAAAUGCUUCAAGAAAAUGGUUUUCUUAAAUUGAAGCUCUUUGAAGCUGAGGAUAGGAUUUUGGAAGCGCUUAUUGGAACUGAUAUUGAAGUUAUGUUGGCUCUUCCCAAUUCAAUGCUGCAAAUUAUGAGUGAGGAUUCUAAGGCUGCUGCUUAUUGGGUGGAUGCUAAUGUUACUGCUUAUACUUAUCAUGGUGGUGUUAAUAUCAAGUAUGUUGCAGUAGGCAAUGAGCCCUUUCUGAAGUCCUACAAUGGCACUUAUCUUCAGUUAACAUUGCCUGCCCUGAGGAAUAUCCAGCAAGCCUUAAAUGAUGCAGGGCUUGGAUCAAAGGUCAAAGCUACUAUUCCUUUCAAUGCUGAUAUUUACAACUCCCCGGACUCAAACCCGGUUCCAUCUGCAGGCGAUUUUCGGCCCGAAGUCCGAGACUUAACGAUCGAGAUUCUACACUUCCUAUCCAUAAACAAUGCACCUUUCACAGUCAAUAUCUACCCCUUCCUUUCCCUCUAUGGCAAUGACUACUUCCCUAUAGACUUUGCAUUCUUUGAUGGAACAUACAAGCCCAUCAAAGACGGAGAUCUAACCUACACCAACGUGUUCGAUGCCAAUUUCGACACGCUCGUUUCAGCUCUAACAAAAGCAGGAUAUCCUGACAUGAAGAUCAUAGUAGGGGAAAUCGGGUGGCCAACGGACGGCGACAAACACGCCAAUAUCCAAGACGCCAAACGAUUCAACCAAGGAUUGUUGAGACACGCUCUAAGUGGGGAGGGAACGCCAGCUCGAGUCGGCGUAAUUGACGUCUAUCUCUUCAGCCUGAUCGAUGAAAAUGCCAAAAGCAUAGAGCCAGGAAGCUUUGAAAGGCAUUGGGGAAUCUUUGAAUUCGAUGGUAAGCCAAAAUAUGAACUGGAUCUGUCAGGAACAGAACAAGAAAAGGGGUUAAUAGCAGUUGAAGGAGUGAAAUAUAUGGAUAAAAAAUGGUGUGUUUUGAACCCAAAUGUGAAGGAUUGGGAAGGAUUGGCUGAUAAUAUUGAUUAUGCUUGUAGCUUAUCAGAUUGCACUGCUUUGGAAUAUGGAUCUUCAUGCAAUCAAUUAACUGCUGAAGGAAAUGCUUCUUAUGCGUUUAAUAUGUACUUUCAAAUGAACAGCCAAAAGAGAUGGAACUGUGAGUUUUCUGGUUUGGCUAUGGUGACUGAACAAGAUCCUUCUUAUGGGAACUGCCAGUUCCCUAUUAUGAUCGAUUAUAACUCUUCUUCUUCUUCAUUUCUAGAUCUUCUGGUUGCAAUCUUUAUGGGAUUUGUGGUGUUUUUGUGUUUGGAAUGAUUGGGAAAGAGAAGCAAUGUUCAUGUUUUUCUCUAUGUUUUGUGUACAUUACCAUAUGAACAUUGAUUCCUAUUGGAUUAUAUGAUAGAAUUCUUCUUUUGCCAAAUUGCUGCUUA